GUAGGGAGAGCGAGGAGUGUUCUUGCAUUUCACCUCCCCUCACCUCUCCUGACCACCAGUACCGGGCCAGCUGUAGUACGUGCACCACCACCUGUUCCACCACCUGUCAAGACCAUCUGGAUUCUUCGAGUGAGUUCCGGGACCAUCUGGGUUUGUCAUCUGGCCUACAAGACCAUCUGGCCUCCUGGACCAUCUGUUUUGGAGAUUCACCAGCUUUCAAGUGACCCUCAUUCUCCCUGUGUUUUUGUAACCAUCUGUCUCUUGGAUUACCUUGGGGACCAUCUGUGUCUCACCAUCUGCCACAUGUAACCAGCUGCCUCCAGGACCAGCUGCACCCCCCGGAUAAUCACCUCAAUCCGCGAAACUACGAAAGUUGGGACUCUUGGACUCGACUAGAACCAUAGAAACAUCGAAAAGGACCUUCUUCUGUAGGAUGUUAGGGAGGUGGAUCCUUCCAGCCCUCGUGGUGAUGGGUAUCCUACAGGGGCACACAGUGAGGGCCAAGCCAGGUACCUUCUUCACCACCGGUUCCAUCACCGACAAGUGGCUCCCUACAGGGAUUAUCGCCUCCUUCACCGCCAUCAGUACCAAGACGGAGUGCGAGAGUGUCUGCUCUAAGAACUUGGAGUGUAAUGGAUAUGCCAUCAACAUCCUAGAGAAGAAAUGUGUACUGUACAAUGUCAAGCCUGGAGGAACCAAACCUGUACAGUACAAUGGUUACAACUUGUACAUCCUGAAGAGAACUGAGGAGGACGGCUACUACGUCUAUGGGACAGAUUACAUCAAACUUAUGAUUGAACGCCAGACCCCCGUCAUUGCCUCUAAGAUAUGUGCUCAAGAUGGUGGUCACCUAGUCUCCGUCAAUAAUAAAAAACUGAACAAUAUGCUGUACAACAUGAUGGUGAAACACAAUAUAUGGACCGCCAUCAUCGGUGUCUCCGACUUAGAAUCUGAGGGCGACUGGAAAUACGCUGAUGGCUCAUCCCUCUCCUACACUAACUGGGACUGGAAUGGUUUUUGGCCAAGGAAAGACCUAGAUUGUGCAGUCAUCACCAUCACCCCCGAAGGGUCGUGGAGGCAUGCCAGUUGCUGGACGCUCGACUACUACUUCUGCCAGAUCCCAAUGUUCUAAGCCUUUCAUCAACUACCCAAUAACAUCUUAAACUUAUGAUCAACUGCCCAGCAACAUCACAAACUGAACAUCAAAAGUACUAUUUUUUUUGUCAUGAACCUAACCUGGUCUAGCCAACCUUAGCCUAAUCUACCCUAACUUAGACAUAACUUACCCGAACCUGAACUAGCGUAAAUCUAACCUAGCCUGAUAUACCCUAACCUAUCUUAAUAACCAAGUACAGUAGGAGUGUAUAACUCAGAUUUGGUUGAUUCAUGUCAUCCAAAACACAGUUGGUUUAGUGCUCAACUGCAUUGCCCAAUAUUUCUUUAACAAAACUUACCAUCUUUUUGUGUAAGUGUGAGUGUAACUUUAUAUUAGCCAUUUUAUGCUGUACCGGUUGAAGGAACAACAACAGCUUUGUGUUAAUUACGUAAAACAUCCGGGUCGGUAUAAAUAUAUCCUUGUGAUCAAUGCUGGCGGUGGUGCUGAAGCUGCUCAGUUACAAGAUUCGGUAGUGGCUGGAAGAAGUUUAGGGAGCGGCUGCCUUUAUUUGAUGGUGAAGACCUUCUCUUUGUGUGAAAGGAAAGAUGUAUGCAACUGGAGUGAGAAGUGUGAUGUUUUAUGGUACAGUACUGAAAUGUGCGGUUAAAGAUGGUGACAUACGUAGGAUUGUACAAGCUGAAAUGAGAAUGAGAUGAUGGAUGUGUAAUGUGAUGUUGAGAGAUGGAAACCCUGUUCAGAGCUAAGAGGGCAGUUGGGUAUUGAGAAUAUUGGUGAGAUUUUGUGUAGAGGUAGACACUAGGAUAAUAUGGGAAUUAUUUAAUUAACAGAAACAUAUUGUAUGUUUCAAAUAGAUGUCUUUUCCAGUGAAAAUUCUUGUAAAGUUUUCACAAGCAGAUAUUGACAUUACUAUUAUCCUGAAAGUAAUCUAUCAGUCUAGUACAAAUUAAUGAAACAUUCCCUAUAGACUUUUUCAGCCACUUGUGUACAGUAUAUAUAAAUACCGGUACAGUAUUUAACUCAGUUACGGACAAACCUCUUAUGUACGGGUGCUAAAUAAUAUACUAUAUGUUAUAGCCCUCACUCUCUGACAGCUAACUCAUGCUAUAUAAAGUCUUAUGCUAUCACUGUGUGUUAGUGAGCAGUAAUAAUAAUGAUGAUAAUAAUAGUAUCAGUAUUACCAUUACAGUAUUAUCAGUUACUAUUAUUAUUAAUCUGUAGAUAAUAUUAGUACAGUAUUAACAAAUCUUACUUCUUUUCAGUUUUAAUUUACUUAAGUUAUUUUUCUAGCCUGCCUACACAGCUAGUUAUGACCACAAGUAAUGAGUGUAUUGAGUAAAUAAAAAUUAUAUUCUCCCUCAA